UCAUUUUUUUUGACUGUGGGAUCCGUUUCUUCGUCUCUGACAUUCUGCAUUUAUCCCCUUCACGGGAAAACAAAAAGAAGGAAAAAAAACGACUAACCCUGGUACGUUAAACAGCAACUGACUUAAAAGGAUUACAGUAGAACGUCCCCGUCGUGAACUUUCAGGAUGUUUUCCUUCAACGUUGGGUAUCUCCUGCUGGGAUCAGCUGUGCUGCUCAUGCCUGAACUCUGUCAAGGCGGCUGUACCGUACAAGAUGGUAAACCUGGACUGGAGGGCAUUCCUGGGAGAGCCGGCCUGCACGGGGAAAAGGGAGAGAAAGGGGAUGCAGCUCCAUUAAUAGAAUCUAUGAAGGGCAUGAAAGGAGACAGUGGAGAUAAGGGCACUCCUGGCGAGAUGGGGGGGAAAGGUUACAGCGGAGCGGUGGGAGAGGCAGGCCUGCCUGGCCUCCCCGGCCUCAAAGGCCCUCCAGGGGACAGUACCGGCUCAGUAAAACAAUCUGCAUUCUCUGUCCACAGCCCGCAGAACCUAGAAUAUGCAAAGCCUGUUAAAUUCAACCGUGCCUCUGUAAACAUCAACAGUGAUUUUAAUCUUCAAAUGGGAAAGUUCACCUGCCGGGUACCGGGGGUCUAUUAUUUUGUUUUCCACUCUAUGAGCAAGAACAACCUGUGCUUAUCACUCAAGAGUGAUGCCUUGAAAGAAGAAAACUUUGGCUUUUGUGACUAUUGCGACGCCUCCAAGAAUGAGAACCAUGUGCUCUCGGGAGGAGUGGUGCUGCAGCUCGACAAAGACGAGAAGGUGUGGAUGGAGCUCUUCAGAGGGGAGAACACUCAGCUUUCUGUAGAGUCUAUUGUCUUCAAUGGCUUCCUGAUUUUCCAAAGUGACAAAAACAAACACAGCUAAAUUCACAUUAUGUCAUUACAUUAUAUAAUAUUGUUAUCAUUCAUCUGUCUCAAUUUACGCAAAUGAUAUCACAUAAUGCUUAAGAGCAGAAAAUUCUGAAUUCUGAAAUACUCCUCUGUAACCAGAAUGUUGUGCCAUGUACCAGACUAAUCUUGCUGUUUAUCCACGAUAAAAGAUUUUCAUAAAAUA